AUGAGUGAAGAACUUAAAGACACUUUUGAUGGUUAUUUAAUGUUUGAUUUCUCGAACUUUCAUGGUUUGAUGGCUUAAACAUUUGAUAAUGAAGAAAUAGACAUUCCAAAAGUUGAGAAAUAACCAAAAAGAAAAGCAUAUAAUAUCCCUGGUCCUUAUCUUGAUAGUCCACCAAUUGAAUUUGAACGUAAGAAAAUCAGUUAAGGAAGGAAGCGGUGAUUGUAGUGAAGGAAUAUUAUUUAAUGGAUAAUUGGGUGAAGAUGACAUUCCAGAGGUUAAUUUAGAUGAAGAUUGCUUAUCAAAUUUUAAUUAUUCCACUUCUGGUUUUAAUUUAUUGGCUAAUCUUGAUUUUGAACCAGAUGAAGAUGCAUAUGAUAAUGCUAUUAAUGCUACAAGUGAACCUAAUUCAUUACAUCAUAGAAAUUCUAAAGUAUCAAGAACGAAAAAAAUAUCAAUAUUUUCACCAACAUUAUAAUUUGAUGAUAAUGUUGAUCAAAAAAUAUAAAUGAUAACUUUAUAGAACAUGGAAUUAUUAAAAAAAGAAGAAAAAUGUGAUAUAGAUGAUUUUUAUAAAUUUCUAACUUCAUUAGAUUUUCUUAAUGUGUCUAAUUAGAAACAUAAUGAUGAUGUAAUGAAAGUAGAUUAAUUAUUUCAUUUGGUUUAAAUAAGACAAUUUUUUGAUAAAAUGGCUGUGAUUUUAUUUUAAAAGACUGAUUAAUUACAUUCUAUUAGUUAUACAUCCAAGUUGGACUAAUUUAAAGAGAAAAUGGAUCACUUUAUUAAUCUUGUCUAAUAUAUGGUUGAUGAUGGAACAUAUAGAUAGAAAUCUUUAAGAGAUCAGCAUGUAUUUAAAAAAGAUUAUACAUUAACUAUGUCAGUAGCAUUUUUUAAAGGUUUAGAAAUUAUUUCACUUUAUAAGUCCUUAUUGAUGCAAAAGAACAUGUAAGAUAGAUUAAAAAAAGUAAUGAGCAUUUAUAUAAACAUAGUAUAAUUCUGCAAAAAAAAACUUAUAGUCAUAUUUGAGAUUGUGGAGGCUUAUUAAAAAAUUAAAGGUUUCAUUGAAGUAAAAAAAUACUCAAAAAUCGUGCACUUUAACAAAUUCAACUUUAGGCAAUUAAUCAGUUGAAUUAUCAAUUUCAGAUCCACAUGCACAAAUAUAGCUUGCUAGAAUUAAAGAUAAAGAUAAAGAUAAUAAUAAUAACACUAAAAUAUCUUUAGAGGGCUUCGAUAAAUAUCUUAAUAGAACAAUUAAAGUAUAAAAAACGACAAUAUGUUAUGCAGGAGUAUGGAAUAAAAAAAAACUACAAUCUAGUCAAUAUUCAAUAUAUUAUUCAAGAAAUUAAUCAGACUAAUUUGAUUAUUGA